CAUUCAUCGUUUAAAAUUUAGGGAUUCUUUUCUUUGAAAUAGAUAGCUGUGGCGUACGAUCGUAUAGUCACUCGACUCUAAAUUUGGGAUACCUAUUAUUUAUUUCCUAGUAACAGUACAUGAUAUCACCAUUACAGUUCUUUCAGAUUAGACAUUACGAAUUGGAAAACCAGUUUUGAUGAUCCAUCACAAUGAAAACAAACAAGAAGACCGAUGAUGAUAAUACCGCGGCGGAAGGUAAUCUUCUCCAACCACCUAAUGAAGAAGUGUCAUCUGCAAGAAAUCCGCUAAUGAAAGUCAGAACAUACGUGGUUGCGUUGCGGCCCUGGUCUUUAAGUGGAAGCUUAUUACCUACGUUACUGGGUGCCGCGCUGUCAUAUCGACUGCCAGGAGAGAGUGGAUUCAGCUGGGUAACCUUGCUUCUCACCCUUUGUACCGUUGUCCCCGUGCACGGAGCCGGCAAUGUAGUGAACACAUACUUUGAUUUCGUCAAAGGCAUCGACAACCGCAAAUCCGACGACAGAACUCUUGUUGAUCGUAUACUGAGUAUUGAUGAAGUAGUCUCAUUGGGAGCUUUACUAUACAUGGCAGGUUGUGGAUUCUUUUUACUUUUAGUUAUCUUGUCACCUGCCAGAAUGGAACAUCUGGCCUUAGUGUAUUUUGGUGGCUUGUCAUCUUCAUUUCUUUACACUGGUGGAAUAGGCCUAAAAUAUAUAGCUCUGGGUGAUAUUGUGGUUCUAGUCAUAUUUGGACCGGUGGCUGUAGUGUUUUCAUUUUUGGCUCAAACAGGAAGAGUGGAUUGGCCAAUUAUUUACUAUGCAAUACCCCUUGCUUUGAACACUGAAGCUAUACUCCAUAGUAACAAUACUAGAGACCUUGAAAUUGACAGUAAGGCUGAAAUUGUUACAUUGGCCAUUUUAAUAGGUAAAACAGCCUCAUACUUACUGUAUGCAUUUUUGUUGUUUACUCCAUACAUAAUGUUUGUGGUUGCAUCUGUGAGGUGUUCUCUUUGGUUCCUGUUGCCAAUGUUGACUUUACCUCGUGCAUUUGAUAUUGAGAGAAGGUUCAGAUGCCUUGACACAAUGCAGUAUGUACCCCGACAGACAGCUAGAUUAAAUUUCUAUUUUGGUAUGUUGUACAUAAUUUCUUGUUUAUUUGCUAAUAGACUACCAUUUUUAUUGAGACAGUAACAUAAAUGUUUAAUUCAAAAUGAGUACUUAAUGAGCUUACCAUACAAACAAUGCAUAUAGACUGUCUACAAAGUUAUCAUUUCAUAGCAAUUUACAUGCUUUGAAAUAUUAUGUAGUUUAUUUUAGAAUUUAAAGGUAAAUUAGUAUAAGAUGUGGCUACUAUGUUCUUAAUUACAC